GACACCCCCCGUGUCCCCACCCCCAAAACACACGCUUAAACCCCCCGUUGCUGUCCCAAAACCCUAGCAACAGUCGUUCCCCUAUCGUACUCUUCAUGCACAUUCUUAAAGAGUCCCAUUCGAACGACCAGGGGCUUCAAGGUUUAGGGUUUUUUUGAACUAGCUAGGGACUCAACUUUCAAAUUUGAGCAGGUUCUACAGCGAUGGGAGGACCGACGAAGAAAUUGGAAUUUGAUUCAUUAUUCGAACUUGUAAAGCCUCACAUUCAAUCAUUUGAUUACUUCAGUAAAGAAGGAUUGCGGGCAUUGGUUUCAAAUUUAAAGCCUGUCACGGCUUAUGAGCCCAAUACUGAAAACAAGCUGAAAUUCUGGUUGGAGGAGCCUGUCAUAUUCCCCCCUGAGAUUAAAGCCACUUCCAAAACUGAGGCGAAAAAGUUGUACCCUUAUCAUUGUAGGCAAGCUGGAACAACGUAUCAAGGUAAAUUUCACGUGGACGUAUGUUUCCAAUACAAUGAUGGGGUUGUGAUAAGAGAUUCGAAGUUCAAUUUUGGGUAUCUACCUGUAAUGUUAAAGUCAGAACUUUGCCAUUUGCGAGCGAUCAAACCAGAAAACAUGGCUUCCUAUAGAGAGGAGGCAACUGAAAUGGGCGGAUACUUCAUCUGCAACGGCUUGGAACGAGUUGUACGAAUUUUAAAUGUGACGAAACGAAAUUAUCCCAUGUGUUUAGAGAGAAGUUUCUUCCGUAAUCAAGGAUUGGGAUACACUGAUAAGGCCAUUGUUAUGAGAUGUGAGAGGGAAGAUCUAUCCUCUGUGACAGUCAGACUAUAUUAUCUUGAAAGUGGGAGUGCCCGUCUUGGAUUCUCGAUUAGGAGGAGUGAACGCCUUAUUCCAGUAGGCAUCAUUUUGAAGGCUCUCCUUGAUACAACUGAUCGGGAAAUUUAUGAUCAUUUGACAAGUAUAUGUUCCGCUAAAUCUCGUGACGUGAAGGGAGCUGUUGGCACCCCACUUGUGCGUGAAAGAGCAAAGAUAAUUUUUGAUGAACUCAAGGAGUACAAUCUUUUCACACGGCUUGAGUGUUUACAGUUUCUUGGCGAACAGUUCGAACCACUAGUAGGUGAUUUUGGAACUCAAAAUUAUGCUCAUGUUGGGGAAGCAUUAAUCAAGGAUUAUAUUUUUGUCCAUCUGGAUAAUGGAUGUGACAAGUUUGCAUUGUUAAUCUUUAUGUUACAGAAGCUUUUUGCAUUUGUUGAUCACAAUGCUGCUCCAGAGAGUUCUGAUGCGCUGCAAAAUCAUGAUGUUUUUCUGCCUGGACAUCUAUUAAGCGUUUGUCUUAAGGACAAGCUACAACAUUGGCUAUAUAAGUGUCGGAGUCUACUACAUGCGGAGAUCCACAAGGAAGAAAAAGAUUUUGAUCUUAGAAACAGUCAACAAGUCAAGAAAAUCAUGGAUAGGUUUCCUGCGGCAGCAAUUGGGAAGUCCAUUGAGAAUAUGCUAACUACUGGAAACUACUCAUCAAUGCAAAGUCUUGAUUUGCAACAGGUCAGGGGCCUGACAAUUGUUGCAGAAAGACUUAACUUCUACCGUUUCCUUUCUCAUUUUCGAUCUGUUCAUAGAGGAUCUUCUUUCAUGACAAUGCGUACAACAAGUGUUCGAAAGUUGCUGCCAGAGUCCUGGGGAUUCCUUUGCCCUGUUCAUACACCUGAUGGGGAACCAUGUGGUUUGCUGAAUCAUAUGACAUCUAAUUGCAAAGUCACAUCACAUUUCGAUUGCAAUGGAAAUCUUAAGGAUUUUCUACGCAUACGGAAGUCCAUUUUGAGGUCACUGGUUCAUAAUGGAAUGAUUUCAUUGCCAAAUCUUGAGAAAGCUGGCCCUCCUGACUUUGUAAAUGUGCUUCUUGACGGCCGUGUCAUUGGCUUGAUUGCAUCCAACAAAGUGGAGGACGCUGUCGCAAAGCUCCGUAGGGAAAAGUUCAGAGCAAGUUCACCAAUUCCGGAUGACUUGGAGGUGGGUUAUGUGCCCCUGAGCUUUGGUGGGGCCUUCCCUGGAUUGUUUCUCUUCACUUCUCCAUCCAGAUUGGUUCGACCAGUGAAGAAUGUUGCCGACCCUUCUGGAGGACGUUCAGAAAUUGAACUUAUCGGGCCAUUUGAGCAGGCAUUUAUGGAAAUAAAAUGUCUUGAUGGUGGAGAUGGGGGUAGGAGAAUUCCUUCUUUUCCAGCAACUCAUGAAGAGAUCCAUCCAACAGCAAUGCUUAGUGUUGUCGCUAGUCUAACGCCGUGGUCCGACCAUAAUCAAAGUCCCCGUAAUAUGUAUCAAUGCCAGAUGGCAAAGCAGACCAUGGGAUUUUCUUCACAGGCGCUACAAUUCCGUGCUGACAACAAGCUAUUCCAUCUUCAAACUCCUCAAUCACCCAUUGUUCGCACAGUUGCUUACGAUAAGUAUGCCUUGGAUGAAUUCCCAACAGGCACAAAUGCCAUUGUUGCAGUUUUAGCUUAUUCUGGGUAUGAUAUGGAGGAUGCCAUGAUCUUGAAUAAGUCAUCUGUUGAGCGUGGUCUAUGUCAUGGGCAUAUAUACGAGACGCAUACAGUUGACUUGACAAAUAAUUCACGUGGAAAGAUAGAUAAAGUUCACGAGUUUGGUAGGAUUGACAAAGCUUCGGGUGCAUUGCCUACCAACCAGAGGAAGAAGGGUCCAGAUCCAAAACAGACGAUUGAUAUUGAUGGUCUGCCAUAUGUUGGUCAGGUAAUGUACCCAGACAUGCCAAUUUAUAGUAUUAUUGAGAAGUCCAAAUCAGAGGCAUCAGUAAGAAAGUUAAAGGGCUCAGAGACUGCUGUUGUUGAUUAUGUUGCCAUUGAGGGCACGUAUGCAAAACCUCACAGCACGAUUGCAAAACCUCAUUUGCAGAAGGCUAGAUAUCGACUUCGGCGCCCUAGAAAUCCAAUCAUUGGUGACAAAUUCAGUAGCAGGCAUGGACAAAAAGGUGUCUGUUCUCAGUUGUGGCCUGACAUUGAUAUGCCAUUUUCAGGAGUUACUGGAAUGCGGCCAGAUCUUAUUAUCAAUCCACAUGCAUUUCCUUCUAGAAUGACCAUUGGAAUGCUUUUGGAAUCCCUAGCAGCAAAGGGUGGUUGCCUUAAAGGAAGUUUUGUUGAUGCAACCCCAUUUGCCAGCUCCACUAGUCAAACUAAUGCAGAGUCACAAUCCAAAUCAGGCACUCCUAUUGAGGAAUUUGGACCUGUGUUGGCUUCAUAUGGUUUCAAUUAUCAUGGAACAGAAGUCCUGUACAGUGGUGUUCUCGGUACAGAACUCACUUGUGAAAUAUUUAUUGGCCCGGUUUAUUAUCAACGUCUGCGGCACAUGGUUUCUGAUAAAUUUCAGGUAAGGUCAACAGGGCCAAUCAACCCCGUUACGAGGCAGCCACUAAAGGGAAGGAAAACUGGGGGAGGUAUUCGUUUUGGAGAGAUGGAGCGUGACGCCUUACUUGCUCACGGAGCAUCUUAUCUCCUUCACGACAGGCUCCAUACAUGCUCUGAUUACCAUGUGGCACAUGUGUGCUCACUAUGCAGGAGUCUUAUUUCGACAUCUUCUGUCCAACACAAGAGAAAAAAUGGCACACAACCAAUCCCAGGCUUAAACCUAGGUGGAAGUAUUGCUUCAAAGAUCAUCUGCCACAGUUGCAAGUCAAGCAAGGGAAUUGAGACAGUGGCCAUGCCUUAUGUCUUUAGGUAUUUAGCAGUUGAGCUUGCGGCUAUGAACAUUAACUUGUCCCUACAGGUACGUGAAGGAGCAUGAUGAUCUUGGAGGUAACUUAUGGAGCGCUCUGUGCUACUGCCUGAUGUAAUCAUUUCAAGGAUGUCUUUGUCGCGCACUUCUCAGUUUUGUAGUGGUUAACCAGUAUUUUAUCUCCAUGCUUUGAUGAGUGGUGACAGUUGCUGUGUGUUGCGACCAAUGGGUUUGUCAAAGGAAAAGCUUUUCUGUAAGCUUUUUAAGGCAUGUUGCUCCAUUUUUUGUUCCAGUUCGGCAAAAGAAAGGUGAGGUGUUUGUCAAACAUAACUAUUUAAUAAUGUGUGUUUAUGGUUUAAUUAUUCA